CACACUCGCACCGGCUCUCUACAGAUUUAACUCCAGAUUUCUAACCGGUGACUCAAUUCCCUGAGCGAGAGGUGGAACACAGUAAAAAAAAAAAAAAAACACACACACACACACACACAGAGGAGUUUGUGGAUAUCUGACUGUUGUGGACUGACUCUUUGGAAGCUGUUCCUGGAUUAAUCCUUUUUAAUCACCGGGAAUAUUAGAGCUUCUUCUUCUUCUUUCCCCUUCCAGGAUCUGUCCAGGACGGUGAGAAAAUGUUUUCUCCAAGGAGUGUAAGGAUGCAAGCAGUUGUGUGCUGCACGCUGCUGUUUAUUCUCGGAGCUGUUGGAGAAGUGAGUGUGGUCCGAGGCUGUUCGGGGCCGUGCUCGUGCCCCCCGACGUCCCCUUCCUGCCCGGUGGGAGUGAGCUCGGUGCUGGAUGAGUGUGGCUGCUGUAAGGUGUGUGCACAGCAGUUUAACCAGGACUGCGGCCCAGACAAACCCUGCGAUCACAUUAAAGGCCUGCGCUGCCACCUAGGGGCCGGAGGAGACCCGCAACGUGGCCUGUGCAGGGCUGAAGUUCAGGGUCGGCCGUGUGAGUUUGGCGGUCACGUGUACCAGCACAGUGAGGAUUUCCAGCCCAGCUGUGAGCACCAGUGCAGCUGCAUGGACGGUGUAGUGGGCUGUAUGCCGCUCUGCCCUCACCGCGUACCCCUGCCCACCUGGCACUGCGCUAACCCCCGUUUAGAGAUCCCACCGGGCCGCUGCUGCGAGGAGUGGGUGUGUGACGACGACAAUCACAUCAAUGAAGAACCCCGUGACUCGCUGCCUGCACAACCACACAUGAACCACAUCAACAAACUUCUGUACACCUUCAGCUACAAGUCCAGAGCAGGAGACGCCUUCCAAGAGUGGACAUCACUGCCCGUGUCCCAGAUUCCUUUCCCGUCCUCCGAGUGUGAUCCUCAGAGCACAGACUGGUCCGAGUGCUCCGCAUCCUGUGGCUUCGGCGUCUCCAGUCGUGUCACCAACAUGAACCCGCAGUGUAAACUCAUCCGAGAGACGCGUCUCUGUCAGAACCAUGAGUGUGACACUGUGCCAGCUGUCAGGAAAGGGAAGAAAUGCAGACGGGUGCUGAGGUCCCGAGAGCCGGAGCACAUCUCGUUCGGUGGCUGCACUACGCUGAGGCGGUAUCGUCCCAAAACAUGUGGCUCGUGCGCUGAUGGCAGAUGCUGUCGUCCGUCCGAGACUCGCACCGUACGCCUGCACUUCCGCUGUCCCGAUGGAGAAAGCAUCACACGCAACGUCAUGUGGAUCCAACGCUGUGGCUGCAGCAAGAGCUACUGCAGCGCCAACGGAGACAACUCGCCUCCUUCUGUUAGCCUGCACAACGACAUCCACACUUUCUCACACUGAUCAUACGCACACACGCGUCACGGUCACAGAACCAUCAUUAAAAGAGGAGUUUGAUGAUUAAAAAAAAAAAAACAUUUACACAAUUUUGACUUAAGACAUAUCUGGUGUCUGAAUUUUGCUAAUUUUUUUUGCGCUGGAACUACGACGCUAAUUCAGCCAACAAAUAACAAAAAUUCCUCCUGUAGUUAUUUCUGAUGUCCUUUAAAGCUAAAUAAAAUUGAAACAAAACACUGUGGCAGAGUGCGUCCCAUCACUCUGAGGCACAUCACUAUCCGAUCCGACAAUCCCACUCGGUAAUUUUAGAGUCAGAUCCGCAGCACAGGCAGGCUUACAGAUUUAAAUCCAGACGUCAGUAUUGUAGUCGAGUCGCUAAACCUCGAGUCCGAGUCCAGUCUCAAGUCCCCAGUGUUCAAGUCCGAGUAAUUAAAGAAAAUUUCGAGUCGAGUCCGAGAACAAGACUCCAUCCACAACAUUUGACGGUAGCUGUUGCUGCCUUUAUGCAAAAGCAUCUCUGCGACUGUGUCGGACUAACGUUCCUGCUCGACUGCACCAUUUUAGUUAACAGACUACAGAUAAAAAGCUUGUUCAUCGCUCAGCAAGCCCCGCCCACUAUCAACAGAGCAAUGAACAUGAGAGAGGGUUAACACUAGCUAGUUCAUCGCUCAGCAAGCCCCGCCCACUAUCAACAGACCAAUGAACAUAGCGUGUCACUUCCUUCUCUGGGUGGAGUCUUACCAAAUGAUGAUUUUUAAAGAUAUUUUUGGGGGGCUUUUUUUCACCUUUAUUGGAUAGGACAGUGUAGAGACAGGACAGGAAAUGAGUGGGAGAGAGAGACGGGGAGGGAUCGGGAAAUGACCUCGGGUCGGGAUUGAACCCGGGUCCCCGGAUUUAUGGUAUGGCGCCUUAGCCACCUGAGCCACGACGCCCCCCCCCCCCAAAUGAUGAUUUUAGUUCGAGGUUGUCCCCGUCGUCUCCUCGAUAGUUCUUCUACAUAUGGAACACAUAGCAGUGCAUUUUUUUUCCCCACUGCAUGAGAAGUCUGUAUAAGCAAAGCGGACGAUCCUAGAAACGUCACUCCAGGCAUUUUAGCGCCGUUAACGUUAGUUUGUUCCUGAACAUGACGUAUGAACAGGUGAAUGUGCAUUCUCUUGUAUGAAAUUAGUAUAAAAAUUAAUGUAGAUAUAAAUAUAAAUAUCUCAUGCCAAAUUAUUAUGGCAUGUUACAAAAAAAUAAAUAAAAAAUCAGAGUCAUCGUCUCCAGUUUACGAGUCCGAAUACAGUUAAUGCACGAGUCCGAGUCAUCAGUGCUCAAGUCCAAGUUGAGUCACAAGUCCUUAAAAUUAGGGCACGAGUCGGACUCGAGUACUACAAGCCUGCCAGAUGUGCUUUUGCCGUAGAUGAACACGGCGUUCAAACUUCUCAGACGCUGCUACAGACAUCAGCUUCUUCUUCCAUGGAAAGCUGCUCACUGAGCGAUAAGCACAGCUCUGUUGAUGGGCAUGAGCUUAUACAUCUUUAAAUAAAUACAAGCACAGCAUAACCUCAAAAAGCAUAAAGCUGGAAAUAUACAGUAAUUUGUAGCCUGUGUUUGGCAACGUGGUUAACUGAAGCGUAAGUUGAUGCGUUCUUUGCUACAAACUAAAAAGAAUUGUGGAAUUAUGGAAAAGAUGACUAAUCGACUCGCUUUUUUAAACGACGUUCACUAGUAAAAAAUUAAUGCUACCAGGCACCAAACAUGCCUUCAGUAAUUGACUACAUUUAAAAAAAAAAUGUGUAAAUGUGUUUUUUUUUUCAACAUAAUGCUCUCCAUAUGUUAAGACAAGCACAUGAUGACAUGUCCACCAGGAGAGGACACUCACAAAACUCCACCUUCUCCAUAACUCCAUCCACACAUCAGUGUAGAACUUGCACUUGUUCUUUAUGCGGAUCUACAAAGCAGUCGUUUGUCCUCCUGCUUCACCUCCGCCAACCAGAGAACGUGUUCGAGAUCACUGUCUAUCUUUCUGCCGAGUGUGUGAGAGUGUUCGAGUGUGAUUUCUACUGAGACACGAACCUGCACAACUCAGCUACUGGACUUCUGGACACCAGGUCCUGCUGGGACCUGAAAUGUCGGUUGCUUACCGUAUUUUCCGGACUAUAAGGAAGGUGUAGCCAGAAAUUAAUCUGAGUAAGAAAUGAGGAAACCAAUUCAACCAACGUCAAUCAAUACCAGGUUAACAAUGUAAAUUUUUUUGUUCAUUCCUUUUUGUGUCAGUAACUGAGAUUUUAAAAAUAAAACACGACUCGUUCUUGGAUUAUCGUUUCACAGUCCAGGCAGGAGAAAUGACAAACAAAUCUUUUUCCUCCUUCGCACUUCUCAUCUCAUCUCAUCUCAUUAUCUGUAGCCACUUUAUCCUGUUCUACAGGAUCGCAGGCAAGCUGGAGCCUAUCCCAGCUGACUACGGGCGAAAGGCGGGGUACACCCUGGACAAGUCGCCAGGUCAUCACAGGGCUGACAC